AUGACGAGUAUCGAGCCUAGUUGUAGAUUACAUAGUUUUACAUGCUACAGCAUGAAUAAAAAUGCCACGAUACGUUUGCAGUCACUGUGUGAAAUCCACAUUUAUGUGGGACAUUGUUUAUUUCUUUUGAUAAGUCAUUGUAUAUUUCUUUCCCAAAAUUAUUGGAGUUGUACAGACAUGAUGCGAGUUGUUGAGCAGAUAUCAAAUAUGGCAGGGAAGAUCGUUCUAAUUACAGGGUCAACCAGUGGUUUGGGCUUACACACCGCAAAGAAUCUCUAUCUUCGAGGUGCUACCGUAAUCCUCACUUGCCGAGACGAGGUUCGGGGUCGAGCGGCUGUAGAAGCUGUCCACAUGCAGGGUGAUACAAACGAUGAGUCUCAGCCAUGCCGAAUAUAUCUCUUUACUCUGGAUCUCGCAUCAUACAAAUCAAUUCUUUCAUUCUGCAUGGAGAUAAAAGCAAAUUUUGAUCAUAUCGAUGUUCUCGUAAACAAUGCCGGCGUUAUGGGUCUACCAUUUGAGUUGUCCAGAGAUGGUGUCGAGAUGCAUUUUGCAACAAACGCAUUUGGUCAUUUCGUAUUGGUAAACAAUUUGUUGCCGCUGCUGGAGAAGAGCACUGACGGCAGAAUUGUUAUCGUCUCUUCUGGAUUGUAUAAGGGAGUGAAUCACAUUCCCACGCUGCGACAACUAAUGGGUGAACAAGACUGGGAUUAUCAGCCACGAUUUGCAUAUGGUCUUAGCAAGCUGGCUAAUUGUUUACAUGCUGUUGAGUUGGCAAGGCGAUUAACUGCAAAUAAAUGUUCUACGAAGGUUUACGCUCUUCGGCCCGGCUUCGUUGGCGGUACUGAACUGGGUCGUGAAACACAUUGGCUUUUACGUACAUUGGCCUCGCCACUUAUUUGGCUUUUCUCAAAAAAUCUUGAUGAGGGUAUUGAAUCUAUUGUGAAUUGUGCAGUCACACCAAAUGACGAAUUGACCUCCGGUGCUCUGUACUAUGCUUGCCAUGAGGAGGAGUAUGGUCCUAUGGUCACACCGGGAAAUGUUCAUAAAAUGUGGAAUAUAUUCACUGAAAUGGAAAAUUUGAUCUUAAAAAGAUCUCAUAUUCUGUCUGAUGAAGAGAGAGCGCAAGCUGAAGUUGGACGAAAAACCUUACCUGUUGAUACUUAGGUAAUAACCGUUGACUGUUUCUCUUUAUAUUUCGGUACUUAUACUUUUGUCAUUAUCAUUUUUUGACUCAAUGUCAGCUCUUAACAAUAUG